CUCGCUUCCUCCGGGUUCCCAGCCCCGGGUGCUGAGGCUCCGGUCUAUAAAUAGCAGGUUACAGCUCCCGCUGGCGCGCACAAGCUGACCCGCGAACGCCGGAAAGUCAGGCUCAAAGUGUCUGCUGCUGCUGCCGCCCCCUACUCCGCCUCCGGGAGAGAACCCAAAGAAAUGGUGUCACCUGGCAAGAGAUCUGCUAUCCUUUAUGAAAAAUCAGACCAAGAGCUCUGAAAUCAGCAAGGCAGUAAUCAAAGAGCAGAACUGUUUGAGGAAUCCAACAAGAAAGCAGAAUUUCAGAGUGGGAUAUCAGGACUUUAGUGUGAAGAUACAUCUAUAUUAAACCAGGAAUCGUUGGCAGUGACAUUUGGGCACAAAUAUUUGGAAGAUUUAAAGAACUGUGAAGGUUGAUCAUGGAAAUCAAAGAGGAAGGAGCAUCAGAAGAAGGUCAGAACUUUCUGCCCACACCCCAGGCAAAUGAUACUGGGGACUUUCAGUUCACAAGUAUUCAGAAGACUCCAAAUGAACCUCAGCUGGAAUUCAUCCUUGCAUGCAAGGAUCUUGUGGCUCCUGUACGUGAUCGAAAGCUGAAUACACUGGUGCAGAUCUCAGUAAUCCACCCGGCGGAGCAGGGUCUGACAAGAUACUCCAGCACGGAAAUUGUGGAGGGAACAAGAGACCCGCUGUUCUUGACUGGUGUCACAUUCCCAUCUGAGUAUCCCAUCUAUGAGGAGACCAAAAUAAAACUAACAGUCUAUGAUGUCAAGGAUAAGUCUUAUGACACUGUUAGAACCAGUGUCCUCCCUGAACAUAAGGAUCCCCCGCCAGAGGUUGGGCGAAGCUUUCUGGGCUAUGCCAGUUUUAAAGUCGGGGAUCUACUGAAGUCCAAGGAGCAAGUGCUGACCCUGAGCCUGAGAACUUCAGAUGGUGGCAAGGUUGUUGGCACCAUACAAGUCAGUGUCGUGAAGAUGGGGGAGAUUGAGGAUGGGGAAGCCGACCACAUCACGACAGAUGUGCAGGGACAAAAGUGUGCACUGGUAUGUGAAUGUACAGCCCCAGAAAGUGUGAGCGGAAAAGAUAACCUACCUUUUUUGAAUGCAGUGUUAAAGAACCCAGUGUGUAAAUUAUAUAGAUUUCCCACAUCUGACAAUAAGUGGAUGCGAAUCCGGGAGCAGAUGUCAGAGAGCAUACUUUCUUUUCAUAUUCCUAAGGAAUUGAUCUCUCUUCAAAUCAAAGAAGAUUUGUGUAGAAACCAGGAGCUAAAAGAACUUGGUGAGCUUUCUCCACACUGGGACAAUCUACGAAAAAAUGUCCUUACUCACUGUGAUCAAAUGGUGAAUAUGUACCAAGACAUUCUGACAGAACUCAGCAAGGAAACAGGGUCCUCUUUCAAAUCAAGCAGCAGCAAAGGAGAGAAAACAUUAGAAUUUGUUCCGAUAAAUCUACAUCUGCAAAGAAUGCACGUACACAGCCCUCACUUGAAAGAUGCUCUCUACGAUGUCAUAACUGUGGGAGCCCCAGCUGCGCAUUUUCAGGGAUUUAAGAAUGGUGGUCUUCGGAAACUACUCCAUAGAUUUGAAACGGAAAGGAGAAAUACUGGAUACCAGUUUAUUUACUAUUCACCUGAAAACACAGCCAAAGCAAAAGAAGUUCUCAGCAACAUCAAUCAACUACAACCUCUUAUAGCAACCCAUGCAGACCUACUGCUUAAUUCUGCAAGCCAGCAUUCUCCAGACAGCUUGAAGAAUUCUUUAAAGAUGCUUUCAGAAAAAACAGAGCUUUUCGUACAUGCCUUCAAGGAUCAGCUGGUCAGAAGUGCCCUUUUAGCACUUUACACUGCCAGGCCAGGAGGUGUCCUUAAGAAGCCAUCCUCUCCUGAGACCAGCACAGAGGAGAGCAGUUCCCAGGACUCACCCCCGCCGAUGAGAAGGCAGGACUCUAUACCGCAUCAUUCGGACUACGAUGAGGAAGAGUGGGAUAGGGUGUGGGCCCACGUGGGCAAGAGCCUGAACUGCAUUAUUGCUAUGGUGGAUAAACUGAUUGAAAGAGACGGCAGCGGUGAAGGAGACGAUGGCAGCGGCAAAGAUGGAGAAAAGGGCCAUUCUCUAGGGGACUCCAUCAUAACUCAUCCACAGGAGGACUGGUAUGAACAGUUGUAUCCCCUCAUCCUUACCCUGAAGGACUGCAUGGGAGAAGUGGUGAAUCGAGCCAAGCAGUCCCUGACGUUCGUGCUCCUUCAGGAGCUUGCCUACAGCCUUCCCCAAUGUUUGAUGCUGACGCUGAGAAGAGACGUCGUCUUCAGCCAAGCCCUUGCUGGAUUGGUCUGUGGUUUUAUCAUCAAAUUGCACACAAGUUUGUAUGACCCUGGCUUCCUUGAGCAGCUUCACACGGUGGGAUUGAUAGUACAAUAUGAAGGACUGCUAAGUACAUAUAGUGAGGAAAUUGGAAUGCUGGAGGACAUGGCCGUUGGUAUUUCAGAUUUGAAGAAAGUCGCUUUUAAAAUAACUGAAGCCACAUCCAAUGAUGUCUUGCCAGUUAUAACAGGAAGGCGUGAACAUUAUGUGGUGGAGGUGAAGCUUCCAGGGAGAAUGUUUGAGUCCCUGCCUCUACAGAUUAAAGAAGGACAAUUGCUUCAUGUGUAUCCAGUACUUUUUAAUGUUGGAAUCAAUGAACAGCAAACUCUUGCUGAGAGGUUUGGAGAUGUCUCUUUGCAAGAAAGUAUUAAUCAGGAAAAUUUUGAACUUCUAAAAGAAUAUUACACGGUAUUUAUGGAAAAGAUGCCUCCUGAUUACAUUUCACAUUUUCAAGAACAAAAUGAUUUAAAAGGAUUACUAGAAAAUCUCCAUCAAAAUAUUCAAGCCAAAAAGAGGAAGAAUGUAGAGAUCAUGUGGCUGGCUGCAACGAUUUGUCGCAAGCUAAAUGGCAUUCGUUUCACCUGUUGUAAAAGUGCCAAAGAUAGGACGUCGAUGUCAGUGACGCUUGAACAAUGCUCAAUCUUGAGGGAUGAACACCAGUUACACAAGGACUUCUUUAUCCGAGCGCUGGAUUGUAUGAGAAGAGAAGGAUGCCGCAUAGAAAAUGUACUGAAGAAUAUCAAAUGCAGGAAGUAUGCUUUCAACAUGCUACAGCUGAUGGCUUUCCCCAAGUACUACAGACCUCCAGAGGGGACUUAUGGAAAAGCUGACACCUAAGUUUACCAACAUAGGAGCAUGCCAUCCAGAGCAUAAAUCUCCCUUGGAAAUGCCAGAGGCCUGUUACACUGACACUUCUUAGCUGUGACCACAUUCAAUGGAUGAUCUUAGGGGCUUUCCAUAGCUGAUGUAAUAGCUCCUCCACGAAGAUGCCUGUUGAAAUAAGAAUUCCAAACAUAUCUCUAGGCUCAUAUUUGGUUUUUCAAAUUACUGUAUUUUAGAUAACCCUUUGGGGCUUUUAAUGCUAGAAUUAUCAAUCUUUUAGUUAAGGACUUGUGGGCAUUAUACUUGAGGCAGGUGUCAAACUAUUUACAGCCUUUUUCAUAAAAAGAUGCUGUGUACCGUGGAUCUAUUCAUAGACAGGUUAUCUUGGUGUUCUCCUUUAUGCCUCAUUCUUCAUUUCACUGAGUAAAUAUAAUCUUUGAAUUGUUCAAUUUCAUUUGAAAAUGGUAGCAUUUGUGAUUAUUUUCAUUAUCCCACUGGAUUUAAGGUACAGAGGUUGGGAUGACAGAGGUUUCCUUGAAUAACUAUGAAGCCUCAUUCAGUAUAUCAAAUGGUAGUCUGAGUUCCAAGAUAACUUAAGUGAUUUAUCAUCUUGUAAAUAUUCUUAUAAACAAUAGUGUUUUGUUUGUAUUUUUUAAAAUGAAACCUCUUGACUCAAAUAUGGAAAAAAAAUAUUAACUAGAAAGCCAACAGUAGGGUUUUCUAUUUUGGGAAGACAUUUCAAAGACUUUUUUCUUUUUUAUUAAGUACUAAUACAAAAGUUCUAAAAGAGUAGAGCUGACUGUAAUACAAAUGCAUGUAAGUUCUCAUUUAUUAUUAGCAUAAUCAUCUGCAUUUCCCUAUUGGAAGCUUAUAUUUGUGCACACUUCUAAAAGUGGAUUUCAUCCAGAAAAUUUUUGUUUCAUAUUGACAACAAUGUUGCUUCUUUCCUGAGAGGUAUUCCAAGUAUCCUUGGAAAGCUACUUCAUUAUUUCUUAAAUUAUUAACGCUUUCUAAAUCAAAGGAAAAAUAUUAAACAAAAAGUUUUAAAAUCUCUUUUGUACAAACACAGGCUCAGUCCUGCUUUUCUAUCUUCAUUUUCAUUUAAAAGAUGCACCAAUCAUUCUAUUUUAAAGGAUCACGUUGAGUCAGAAACUGAACCAAGAAAGUAACAUUUCCAAACAAGAUAAUUUUUUUGGUUCAAAAACAUGUUUGCCCUCUGAUAUCCUCAAAUGUAGAUAAAAAUUCUGUAUUUGCUAUUUACAAAGUCCUAUAGAAAACAUAUUUAAAAACAAGGGAAGGUGGAAUCCUAAUUACGUUUGACCCAGUGACCAAAGAUCCAGAGCCUGAAAACGUUCUACAAAACAGCUGAACGUUAAAGUUUGAAAUAUUUUAUUGAAGCAGACUCACAUUUUAGAUGCACCCAUUCAUUUAUUUCUUGUGUGGUUGUUUCUUUCUUGUAAAUAUUGCCUUGGGUUUUGUCUACACUCUGCCCAAACAAUCCUUGGAUGUAAAUAGUUUGGUCAAUCCAAUAACCCAGUGAGUCAGAGCAACCAUGUGAUCCUGCUUACAAAUUGCACUGAAAUGACCAACUGCCCAGUUAGAGCAGGAGCCCAGGUAACUAACCUCUAGUCCUUACUUUAUAAGACUAACACUUCUUCUUCUGAGGAACUGUGGAGUCUUAAAAGCUAGCAUCUGGAUGAAGGAUACUUCCCUUUUUUUCCUCUCAGCUAAGUAUAGUAUUUUGCACAGAAUAAGACGGUGGAGAAGAAAAAGAUUUCUGUAGAGCCAUGCUUUUCUUCCCAAGCAAAUCAAACCCCCUCCUAUGUCAAGUUUGAUACGUGCCUAGAGGAGGAUAGCAGUGGUGUGCUGGAAAGUGGCUCAUGCUGACCUAUGAUAGCUGAUCAUUAAAUUCUGUAAGCCAAUUGUGAAAACACAGCCAUCAUUAAAUAUUAAACUAUAAAAUACAGUUGAAUAGAUUUUAUUAAAAAACAAAGGUAAUAAUCAAAACUUACCAAUUCCUAAUUGCUUUAGUACAUUUUACUAUUGACCUCUGCUCUUGAGGUUGUUUAUGUCAAUUGUAUCUGUACAGUGGAAACACAAUAUUAUAACGUGCUAACUGUGCCUGUCUCUCUUCCGGACCCCACAUUCAGUAACAUCACAUCCGUAGCUUGAAAUUGACCACAAUGGGAGUUACACCACAGAAACUGCCAAACGCUACCAACCCAUGCUUUUAACUCCUGGAAAGCCAGUUGUCAAACAAUUACCAGCACGUAACUGAAUGCCGCCAUCACGUUUUCUCCAGAAAAUAACCAAUAAUGGGAAGCAGUAUUAAAUUACUCAAAUGAUAUAAAAUGCAAUCGCUCGUCUUCAGAUGGCUACAAUUUUGAUUUGGUUUUUACCCUCUUUAAAGACUCCUAUUAGACUAUAAGUAAUAUUUGAUGUUUAUAUUUUAUGCAUAAUUAAAUCAUUUAAUCAUAACGAUGUGUUUUAAAAAUGCCUCUCUCUAUGAUGGUCUGCAAGAGAAACCUCAGCAAUGCAGCUUUAGUGUACGUAAUAACAACUUCAGGCUAAAUUCAGGGAAAUGUUAGCCUAAUCAGAGUAUCACUAAAAAUGUGCUUCAGUAUCCAUUUUUAAGUUUAUCAUUUUAGCAUUAGCUAAAAGAAGAAAAACGGUAACAUAUUACCAUGCCCAGAUUCUAAUAAAUAUAGCUCCAUUGAAAGCCACACUGUUAGAUUAAACAAAUUAAACUCUGGCAGCACACUAAAUCACACAGAUGUUUUAGGUGUUUGAUUUCCAAACAGGAUGGUCUAUCAGUGGUUUAGUUCAAUAUACAGGGCACCUUUUGUAAUCUUUUGGGAAGUAAAUUAACUUUUAUCACCAUUUAAGAAACUGGUCUGAGAAAAAACUGUUGAGCAGUUGCAGAGCGAAGCAAACAUAUUGAACACAAGGCAUCCCCAAUAGCUGGAGGCUUCACAAAUUAUGUGCUGCUGAAGGGAAUGAUUUGCUGAGAGUUGUAUAGUGGAUUGACAAUUUCAGGUGAAUUCACAUUGAUUUAACCCAGCUGUAAUUGGCAAGAGCUAUGCUUUUUUCCCCCCAUAUUUAUGUUUCAUUGCUUUAUAAACAAAGUACUGAUGUAUUAGAUCUUUUGUUUCUUUGGAAGAUUUAAGUUAGAACUUUCCAAACAGAUGCUAUCUCUAGCAAAGACUGUCUUUAAGAACAGAAAAAUACAGUUAAUGUUGUAGAUAAAAUAUGGCAGGCCAAUUAGGUAUAAAGAGGUAUGGAAAUUUGGAUUUUUCCUUUCUGAGUCAUAGUGUACAUUAAUCACUUUUAAUUUUAUUUCUAAGCAAGUAAGAGGAAGUCUAAAACAUUUCUGAUGUCAAAGAAAUCAUAUCAGUCUAUUAGUAACAAGGAGGUAGGAAAAAAUUGUAAAGUCAUAUUAACUUGAAAAAUGUACAUGCCAUCAGCUCUCCUGAGCUUGAACUUUUAUAGAUUGCAUGAAUAUUUAGAAUUUUAAAUUUAAAAAGGAAAACAAGGCUCACAGUUAAGUAUAGUACCCAGAGAGACUGAACAUUAAAGGAGAGAAGACCUAAUACAAGUGAUGUUGCCUGAUAAACCAUUCGUUUAAGAUGUUGCACUUUCACACACGUUAUGAAUACAUUCACAAUCUUCCUAAAAUCAUCAAAAUUACUCCAAGGCCAUACUAGGUCACAACUCAGCAGUACAUCUUUAAUGAUGACUUGGUGUGGUUUUAUUGACUAGCAGGCAAUAUUGACUCAAAUAUUGGCAAAAUUGCUAUAUUAUCUAUAUAGUUCUUCUGAUGCUUUUAUAUCGCUAUCAAUAUUAAAAACCAUUUCAAAGAGCUUUCAAACUUUUAAAAGGCAGACUCCACGUGUCUGUAACUGUAUAGACACUCCCAUUUUAUGGCACAUGUGCAAUCCUUUGUACACAUAUACUCAUAUGAAGAUGUUAUUAUUUUAUUUAACCUAAUAUCUGAUUUUCAGAUUCUUGCGGUACUUAUCUGAAACAUUGGCAUCUGUUUUAAUGUUAAAUGUAUAUUCUAGAUCAACCAAUAAUGUAUAGUCCCAGGAAAUGAGGCACAAAUAGGUUAGAUCAUUUUAUAUUGGUAUUCGAAGAAAUAUCAUUUUGUUUUAUUGUUCUGUGUAAACCAUAUUCAUUGUACACUGUGUGUAUAU